UAAUACUCCUCAAAGUGAGGAAAACAAAGAUACAGACAAAACUCUGAACAUGAAGGCCAAUAAUAAAACAUGUCUAAAUGAAACAACAGAUGUAAACAAACAAGCAGAAACAAACCACGUGUUUCCACGUGACAAAGCACUAACCAGUGACGAAACAGGCUUAGCACAAAUACUCAACCCUCCUCAAGGCAUCUUACAAACAAAUAAUAGCACUAAAAAAAGCUUGGCAGCACCAAGUACUGAUGAGCCUAACUCACAAAUUAACCUUAGCCCAUAUAAUUCAUACAACGCAAAUAUAAUUGUAGACUCCCUAGAACCAUCUACAAGCAACAAAGUAGAAGAGACAAAUACUGCUGAUCAAAAAUCGAAGCCUCAAGAAAUGACUCCGAACAAAACCAGCUUAAUUAAUGAAGCAAACUCCUCAAAAAUGCACUCAGAAAGAAGCACAGAAAAUGACAAUACAAACCUCAUACUAAUAACAUCCCCGGUUUACAAAACUCUAAAAGCGAACACUUUAAAAGGAGCUGAAGAAGAAUUCAUAUUAGUUACUUCUAAGAAGAAAAAUGCUAAGAACAAAGGAAAAAGGAAAACUACUCUAGACAACAACACUUCAGAUGUAAUAGAUGCUGGGAACUCAUAUGUUCCCAACCUCUAA